GGAAGAGAGCCACCCACAUCACCAGCAGCACACACACUACCUAAAGCAAGACGGUUCGACGACAAACAUCCACAAUGAAGGAGGUCAUAAUUUUCUCUCUCUGCCUCAUCACAGUGCCAGGAAGAAGCGCAGGAACUGAUAUUCAACAGCUGGAAAGUUUCACGACGGGUGGAAUACUCAUUUUCUGCAAAUAUGCUAAUCAGCAUAAGGAUAAGGAGAAGUACUUCUGUAAGGGCAAUGCUUCAACCUGCCCUUACAAUCGACUAACCCACAACGACAGCAGAGUCCUCCUGUAUAAAAGUGUUCAAAGGGACUCCUUAACCAUUCUCAUCACAAACCUCACCUCAGAGGAUAGUGGGACUUAUCACUGUGCAGUUGAAGAUGGAGACUUGCAUACUUCAUUCAUUUUGGAGAUAAAAGGAGGUGACUGCUGUGACUCCCCUAUCACAAUUAUUGGACGUGAGGGAGACAAUAUCAACAUUCCGUGCUGGUACCCUGAGGAAUCCAAAGGAAUUGUGAAACACUUCUGUAAGCAAAAUAAAAACGUCUUCGUGUCGGAACUAAUCAAUUUAGAUAAGGCAAAGUAUUCUCUGUCUGACAAAAAAAAUGGAAACAUCUUUAAUGUGACUAUUCAUAACCUGAAGAAGUGGAAUGCUGGGACCUACUGGUGUGGAUUAAGAACUGGUGAGGAUAAUGUGGCUUUGACCAGAAUGGUGGAUCUAAAGUUCACAGGAAGAAAAGUGAAGGGAUUUACAAGGGGAGGCAUCGUAAUGUUUUGCAAAUUUGGUCAGCGAAACAAGAACAGAUACUUCUGCAAAGGAGAUGCUACAACCUGCAUUUCUAAUCACUUCAAACAUGACAGCAGAUUUAAGCAGCAUAACAAUGAUCUCUUGGACUACCUAACAGUUGUUAUUACAAACCUCACCUCAGAUGAUGCUGGUACCUACCACUGUGUAGAAGAUGAAAAAGUGCACACUGAAAUCCAUCUCAGCAUAGAAGAGGGUGACUGUUGUGACCUACCCAUAGAAGCAACUGGAGACAAGGGAGGAAAUGUGUCUAUUCAGUGCAGAUAUUCUGUGGAAUUUACAAACCACACCAAGCAUUUCUGUAAAGCAAGUGAGGGGUGUAAAAACCUUGAUUCUACAUCAAAAGUAAAUCAAAAGUAUUCUCUGUCUGACAACAAAAUUGAGAAAGUCUUUACUGUGACCAUCUAUAACCUGGAGGUUGAGGAUGCUGGUAAAUACUCGUGUGGAGUUAGACCUGGUGAAGGUUAUGUCAUUUUACUCAGAGGAGUGGAGCUGCAGGUGCAGGUCUCAGAUGGCAAAAUGAUUCUUCAGAACACACAGACAGCUGUAUUGAUAGUAGCACUGGUGUUAGCAGUUACCCUUUUCCUGUGCUACAAAAACAGAGAGAGAGGGAAACAUGAUAGAUCAAACGUAGUGAUUUACCACAGUGCAGAGAACCCUGAACCAAAUGGUAUUUAUGAGGAGAUUGAGGACAUUUGUCCUCCUCCUCCUCUUCCUCUGACUUCAAGAUGCAACUAUACCAAGGUAGACAAUGCAGGUGACCCUACCUACUACACUAUCCAAUCACCCCCAAAGCUUCCUGACGAUACAGGCCUCCACCUUCUCUCCAAGACAUCUCACACCCAGAUCAACACUGUCUAUGCCACCGCUGAAUUACCCACAAUCCCCGGCAAUGUCCCCACAUACUCAAACAUCCAGUCACCAAUACACACUUCUGCUGACACACACAUUAGCACUGGUACUGAUGAAAUUGAUACUACAGAGAGCACUGUCUAUACUACUGUACAAUGUCCUAAUACUCCUAGUGGCAUCCCCACACCAUGCACUGAUAAUCCAGACCCCACAAACCCAGCUAAUCAGGAACCCAAAUACACCAGCGAGGACACGGUGUGUAAAACCCCUCAUUCACCAACACACACUUCUGAUGAUACUGACUAUUCUGCAAUCUGUAGUCCAACAAGUACUCAAACAAAUAUGGUUUAUGUCAAUGCAGAAAUUAUUACAAAUGCAAAUAAUGACGACGUAAUGUGCACUGAAAAAGUACCUUUAAAACCAAUUGACUGAUCCCAAGCCCUGCCUCCUUUUACAAUGUCACAAUGAGGACUUUGGAGGACCUCAGUCAAUUUUCUAGUGCCCACUCUGUAUGAGGUUAUGUGAAUGCUAUGCUUGUUUUGUGAGUAGCCUAAGUAAAUAAAUAACAAAACAGUUCAAAAUGGUUAAAAUAUAUGUCUGGGAUAAUUGUAGAAGUCACACCCGAUACCCGGGCCGUGUGAAAGACACAUAACCAAAUGUUGUUAACCAAACAUUACUUUGCAUUGAGCCAAUUUAGCCUAGGCUAGGCUACUGUUUUGCAGUAAAGAAAUCUACGUAAGUUUGUAGGAAUAUGUUCCCUUUAUGUUUUUAUCACCUUUAGAAAAGCCAACUAUUGGUUUAGUGUUAUUAAGUUUUCAGAGAUUAUCUUAUUGUACUUCAUCUUCGCUAACCUAGGCUUAGCAUUACCAUUGUUUAUUGCACUGCAUUGUUUAUCACAUUAGCAAAUAUUGUGUGAAUGCAUGUGCAUUACCUUGCAUGUGCAUUUUCAUAAGAAAUGAAUUAUAUGUUUUUAAUAAGAUAUUCAUUCAUAUUUAAUUAAAUAUUAAAUAUGUUCUUCAAGUCUCUGUGUUUGCCAUUAUUUGAGAUGAUUGUCAAUGUACAUAUGUGAAAGAUAAAAGAACAGCUAAACAUUAUCUUCUUUAUG